UUUGGACGGACCUGCAGUACCACCGUCCCGCCGCGGAGUGGCGCUAGCAGCAGAGGGCGCAGGCGCAGAAAAACGGAAGUUGUUCUGUUUAUGUGAUUCUACUUCCUGUUAGUUCCUGUUGUCCCGUGUUGUCCUGAGUUCCACUGGUUCUUCUGCUGCAGACGCUUGAUUUAUGUCCGCUGCUCCGAUUAACGAGCCUGGAAGUUCUGCCGCUCCGCGAACCGAACCCUGGACCCAGUUCGUUCGGGCCCGGAGAGCCUGCCCUCAUCAUGGCCAGUGAGACCGCCGGGAACGAGGAGGACACCGGAGCUGCGGCGGAAUCAAACGAGCACGACUACGCUGCGGACGGUGCGCUCUCGGCACCGGAACCGACCUUCUGCGCCCCGCUGUGCCCCUCCACGCCUCACCCGCAGGAGCUCCAGCUUCCAGAACCCACCGUGUGUUCGGAGGUGGAGGUCCAGAUAGAGGUCCCCGACGAACCGAGCGCGGUCCCGCCCCUGACCCCGCCGCCUCCCCCGGGGGCCCGUCGCGUCCGGCAGCCCCGGCGGCCCCGGCAGCCCUGCCGGACCCCGGAGGACAAGAGCUGCUCCUGCUGCCGGCUGCUGUUCCAGCGGCAGGGCCGCUCCUUCAACCGCAGGGCCGUGUACACCUUCACCACCCCGGACACCGUGCACUGGGUCUUCCCGAGCUCCGAAGUGACCGACAAGUCGUUCCUGUGUGAGACCUGCGCCCAGGUGAUCCGGACCAAAGGGAAGCGCAAAGUGUGCGGGAAGAGGUCCCUGUGGCUCAAGCCUGCGACGCCCCAAAAGAUGAAAGAUAAGUUGAUCCAGAGGAUGGGGAAGAAGAGCAAAGCGGCGCUGCUGGUCAGCAAGUCCAGCUAUAAAGCUGCUUUCCAAACGCUCUGGUCAUCUAAAGGCGCCCGCAAGCCCAUGAUGGAGUUCUGGAGCAAACAGCUGAAGAUGGAGAUGAAGGCCUUGUCGCGGCAGCCGAAUAAUCCCUUCCAUCAGAAGGUGUCGGGCAAGAAGCCGCUGUCCUCCUUCCCCUGGAGGCGCUGUCUGAUCUGGGCCCAGGAGAAAGCUCCGCUCGUCAUGGCCUGCCUGCGCUCCAUGUUUCCUGACAUCAACGCCCUCUACAAGAGCAGCCAUCAGCUGACGGAGGAGCAGGCUGUCACGCUGCUGGAGCGCCGCACCGUGGUGGCGCUCUCCGUCCCCCUCUUCACCAGAAACAUCUGGAGGAACAACUUCUUGCAGGCCUCUCUGGGGGCGGAGCUACGGCAGCAGGGCUGCUCAGGCUCCGCCCUCGACAUGCUCAACACCAUGGGUCUGUGUCAGAACAAGGACACAGUCCGGCUGCUGCUGCACCGGCUGAGGAACGGCAGCGACCUGGACGGAGAGGUGGGUCUGAUGGAAGAAGCGAUGACAGAUGAGGAAGAGGAGGAAGAGGAGGAGGAGGAGGAGGAGGAAGUGAAAGAGGAGGAUGAUGAUGAAGAUGAUGAGGAAGAACUGAUGCUGGGAGUGGAGGAGGAGGAGGAGGAGGAGGAAGUGCAGGAAGGACUCCAGGUGGAGGUCCCGGUUCUGAUGGACAAAGAAGAGAAGAAGAGGAGGAAGAAGAAGGCGAAGAAGCAGCGGAAGGAGGAGAAGAGGAAGGAGAAGGGGAGGCGGAGGAAGAGGGAGGAGGAAGAGGAGGACGAUGAAGACGAGGAGUCGGAGCAGAAGAAGGUGGUGGUGGUCCGGCUCGGCCUGCUGAAGGGAACCUCAGAGGUGGGGAGGUCCGACCUAUCGGCUCCUUAAGACUCUGCAGGCUCCGCCUCUGAACUCUACAAGCCCCGCCUCUUCUGGGCAGAACUGCAGAGGCCACGCCCUCUUCAGGGAUGUGAGGCGUUCUGGGAGUUGUCAGGAAUUGAUGACAAAAGGUCACAAUUUUUUUUUCACCAAACGUCAGAUUUUUAUUUCUGCUUCUAAAAAUCAGAUCUUCUCUGAUGUCGUUUCCUCUUUAACUCUUAAAAUGUUUCUCAUUUUUCAAACGUUUUAGAUUCGAUUUGAGAUUAUAAAUAGAUCUCAACUGUUCUUUUCUGAUGUUUGUUUCUCUUUAACAUCUGAAUGUUGCUCCAGUUUUAAAACCCUCUCCGUUUGGUUUCUCUGGAGCGUGAGAACUUAUUCUGUUCACUGUGACGUCGGAGCGUUCAGUUUUUGCUGACAAAGUAAAAAAUUUAUUUUUUUUAAUGAAGCUGACAGAAGAUCCAGUUUGUUUAGUUUUACAGCAGAAACCAGUUUUUUUUUUACUAAUAAUUCUGAAAAUAUCUGCAGGACUGUUUGAAAUGUUUGUAUGCAGGAAGAAACCUGAAGAAAGUUGUUCAUUAAAGGAGUUUAAGAAUUCAAAAAGAAAA